CUCGCCAACCCUGCUAAUACUUUUUUAUUAGGAGGUCUUUUAUUUUUUGGUCUUUUCACCGUUCCCUCUGGUCCCUCCAUGGCUCCCUUAGCCGAAGUGGGGGGCUUCCUGGGCGGCCUGGAGGGCUUGGGCCAGCAGGUGGGCUCGCAUUUCCUGCUGCCUCCUGCCGGGGAGCGGCCGCCUCUGCUGGGCGAGCGCCGGGGCGCGGCGGAGCGGGGCGCCCGCGGCGGGCCGGGGUCUGCGGAGCUGGCGCACCUGCACGGCAUCCUGCGUCGCCGGCAGCUCUACUGCCGCACCGGUUUCCACCUGCAGAUCUUGCCCGAUGGCAGCGUGCAGGGCACACGGCAGGACCACAGCCUCUUCGGUAUCCUGGAAUUCAUCAGUGUGGCUGUGGGUCUGGUCAGUAUUAGAGGUGUGGACAGUGGUCUUUACCUUGGAAUGAAUGACAAAGGAGAACUCUAUGGAUCAGAGAAACUAACUUCUGAAUGCAUCUUCAGGGAGCAAUUUGAAGAGAACUGGUACAACACCUAUUCAUCAAACGUAUAUAAACAUGGAGACACUGGUCGCAGGUAUUUUGUGGCACUUAACAAAGAUGGAACUCCAAGGGAUGGUGCCCGGUCCAAAAGACAUCAAAAAUUUACGCAUUUCUUGCCUAGACCAGUGGAUCCAGAAAGAGUUCCAGAAUUGUAUAAGGACCUACUGAUGUACACUUGAAGUGUAAUAAUGUCUUUAUUGAAGAAUGAAACCAACCAUACUUUUUUGUUUUAAAUCACAAUUCCCAUUGUUAAUUAACAACUGAAGAAGACAGUCA